UUUGUAGUGAGAUUCAUAUAUACAUAUUAUCACUACUUGGAUAUAUAUGCUGUAAUUAAACUUGAGAUUUUGGAGUUCAAAAUACAAAUAUAUGGCAAUGAAGAUUGAGGCAAUGAAGGCUGAUAUGAAGGUGUUUGAUGGUGAAGGGGGAGGGUACUAUGCAUGGUCACCUUCUGAAUUGCCAUUUUUGUCAAAAUUUCAGCUUGGUGGUGGCAAACUUGUCCUUCACCCACUUGGAUUUGCGUUUCCUCACUUUUCUGAUUCCUCCAAACUUGGUUACAUUCUUGAAGGUAAUUGCACGAUUGGAUUGGUCGCACCAGGUAGUUCGGAAGAAACUGUGGUGGUGAUCAAGAAAGGAGAUGUACUUCCACUGCAAAGAGGGACGGUGUCAUGGUGGUUCAACAAUGGUGACACCGAUACAACCGUACUAUUCCUUGGUGAAACAACCAGAGCACAAGUCCCCGGUGAAGUCUCCUACUUUUUCAUGACUGGAAUGCAAGGCAUUCUUCGCGGAUUCCAAUCUGACUCUGUUAAGAAAAUCUUUGAUCUAGACCAUAAGGAAGUUGAAGAUAUUUUAACUAGUCAACAAGGUGUAGUGAUUGUUAAACUCAGGAAAGGAAUUCAGUUUCCAAACCCAAGUCCACCCACUGGAAAAGUGUAUGCUCCCAUUGGCACUCCAGAAGCUGAUGUGGUUGUCAAGGGUGGCGGCAUCAUCAAUUCCUUGACGGAAAUGGACUUUCCGGUGCUUGUUGGAAUGGGUAUAAGUGCAAGAUUUUUGAGGCUGGAAGGUAAGGCUAUGUUGUCACCAAGCUAUGUGGUGGACGGGUCGGUUCAGGCUAUAUAUGUUGCAAAAGGUGGUGGUCAGAUCCGAGUUGUGGCAAACGAAGGAAAGCCUAGUUUUGAUGGUGAUGUGGUAGAAGGUGAAUUGUUGAUUGUUCCUCAAUUCUUUGUUGUUUCUAUGACUGCAGAUGAGGGUGGAAUGGAGAUUUUUUCUGCCAUAACUUCUUCAAAGCCUAUUUUCGAGCAACUGGCUGGAAACUUGUCGGUUUGGAAGGCAUUGUCACCCGCUGUUCUACAAUCUGCUUUAAACAUUAGUCCUGAGUUAGAAGAGCUUUUUAAGUCGAAGAACGCCAGGAGUUUGACCAUUAUUCCUCCAAGAUGCUAAGAUAUAUAGUUGAUGUAUCUAUAACGAUCAAGAAAUAAAAGCCAAUUAAUGGAUUUUAAUCCAAUUGGUUUGAUCGACUUUGAGUUUGCGACUCCCAUUACCUCUAUGUUUAUGUAUUUGUCAUCAAUCAUAUUUUAUCCUUUAAUAUA